CGCGAGUUAUUUUCCACCUCGUUAAAAAAAAUGCCAGUAGGAAGAAAAAUCUAAGGUUACAAUUUAUUGUAAAUUAAAAACGCGCAUAAAAAUUCCAAAAAUAGGCAGAACAGUGACGCAGUAACGUCGCAGGCAUCCACGGCCAGUCCCAUAUCUCGCAUUUAUAGUCGUUAUACGGUCGGAACUGGGUAGAUAGCGCCGUGACCUUCUUUGGCAUCAUUCUCCCUCAGCGACUGAGACAAAAUGUUUGCUAUUAGGACAAGCCACGUGCUCUGCUUUGUCUUCUCCUGCAGCCAAAGUUUGGCGUCCUUGGGUAGCUUCUGGCACAUCUCCGACCUCCACUGGGACCCUACCUACACGGUGACUGACAACCCCGAUCGUGUGUGCGCAUCUAACGGCGGGCGGCCCGUACCCAACGCAGGGAAGUUUGGGCAUUACCUCUGCGACUCCCCGUGGGACCUCAUCAACUCGUCCAUAUAUGCCAUGAAAGAUAUUCUGCCAGACCCUGACUUCAUCAUUUGGACUGGCGAUGACACGCCUCACGUGCCCAACGAGCAGUUAGGCGAAGAGGCGGUGCUCUCCAUCAUCGGAAACAUCACCCACCUCAUAAAGCUCGUGUUUCCAGAUACCAAGGUGUACUCGGCAUUGGGUAACCAUGACUACCACCCCAAGAACCAGUUCCCGGCGGAACAGAACAACAUCUACGAGCGGACAGCCCAGCUGUGGCAGGACUGGCUGGAGCCGGAUUCCCAGCUCACCUUUCGGACAGGGGGGUACUACACGGAGAAGCUCCUGAACCGGACAGGGCACAGGGUUCUGGUCCUGAACACCAACCUCCACUACGACCAGAACAAAGCCACAGAGACCAUGGACGAUCCAGCGGGACAAUUCAGCUGGGUCGAUCAAAUACUGACCUCAGCAGCCAGCAACAACGAGAAGGUGUACAUCGUGGGCCACGUUCCUCCGGGCUACUUCGAGAAGAAACGGCACAAGCCGUGGUUCCGGCCCAACUUCAACCGCCGCUACCUGGACCUGAUCCAGCGGCACCACGGCGUCAUCGCCGGCCAGUUCUUCGGCCACCACCACACCGACACCUUCCGCAUGUUCUACGACCCGGACGGUGCCGAGUCCCCCAUCAGUGUGAUGUUCCUGGCCCCCGGAGUCACCCCCUGGAAGACCACCCUACCUGGGGUCCCUGACGGCGCCAACAACCCCGGAAUCCGCGUCUUCGAGUACGACACCUCCACGCUCCUCGUCAAGGACACGGUGACGUACUACCUGAACCUGACUCACGCCAACAUCGCGCGGGCGCGCUGGGAGAAGGAGUACCGCCUGACGGAGGCCUUCCAGGUGGCCGACGCCUCGCCGUCCUCCAUGCACAGGGUCCUGGAGCUCAUGGCGAGCGACCGCUGCUACCUGCAGCGUUACUACGACUACAACUCCGUCAGCUACGACCGGUCCGCCUGCGACCGCGCCUGCCGGGUCGACCACGUCUGCUCCGCCCGCGAGGUGGACUUCGACAGGUACGAACGCUGCCUGGAGACGGAGGGGGCUCCGCCCCCGGGCCACGCCCUAACGCCUCUGCUCCUGUCGGCGGCGUUCAGCCUGUUCUGGGCCUCCCAGUGACACGCCCCCACCGCUCUACCGCCGGCCCUGCGAUCGGGGUCCUCCGUCAGCCGGUCCCGGAGGGCCGCAGAGUCUUCUCGGGGGUUUCCGUUCUUUUUAGGAAAUCAUUUUCCAGGACUUUUCAAGGACAUUUUCCAUGACUUACACACAUGAAACGUGGACAAGGGCGGGUGGCGUGAACAGUGUACAAGUACCAUAACCAUUCAUGUGAUCACAGCGGCUAGCAAAAAUGAAAAACGUUGAGAAAAAUCUGGUCAUCAUUCCAGGUGUUCACCAUGACUGGGAAAAAUGUCCAGGUUUUCCAGAAUGAGUGGGAACCCUGCUGCUGGUGUUAUUAGUUUUUUUGUGUGUUUUUUUUACUUUUGGCACUUAAGUGCUCGUUUUAAGUCACUGGUUUACGCUUGUUAUUUUAAGUCUCUGAAUCACAUUUUAAGAGUGCGCACACAUAGUUUCUCAACCAUAAACUGACUGCUGAAGUCAUAGCCAGAGCUGGAGGAAUUCACUGAAUGAAUGGAGCGAUAGGCUGGACGGAAUAUUAUUGGCCCAUGUUAUUAUAUCUAAUGGUACACUUGAGAUCAUAUGUCUUUGAUGAUGAUUUUCUUAAGACUUGUGUCUGUUUGUGAAGGAAUAUAUUAUUUUGUAGCUUCCCAACGGCUGCCUGUGACUUUUGUUCAGUGAAUGUGAUGCAAGUGUGGAAGACCGUGUGCCUUAAGGGAUUAUCUUUAAGUAACCAGGUGUGCUUGUGUCCGUUUGGCCAUCAGCAGUCAGAAAGCUGUUUUCCCCAGCUCUAUGAUAAAGAGGAAUAUGUACAUGGCUGGAACAAAAUUAAAUAUGGCAAGGGUACAGUGUUGAGGUAAAGCACAGAGGACACGUACGAUACAUCAGAGAGCUUGCUGCUUGUCAGAGAAAGCACCGUGCGGAUGUUUUGUGAAUCCUCUCCAUGCUGCAUGUAAUAAGAGUGUCUUAUCACAGUGCUCCUUUCCUCGACAAUAUUGGUUGUAUUUUCCAUUACAGUAGUCUGUGAGGCGGGACGGUAAAGUUGUGUUUUUUUGUCUAAUGUAUCAUUUUUCAUUCAAUGGUACUGAAUUUGUGAAACCCUUUUUCACCAUCUGUGCCUAAUUUAGCCAGUCGUAGAUUCAGAAAUAAGGAAGAAUCCUGACACUGGCAUCCGUCACAUGACUGAAGCACGUUGGCAACUUGUUAAAAGUCAGGUGCGCUUAUAGAAACCAACAUUUUUCACAGAAUAUACAGUCGACCUUUGAUUUAACAAGGUUCUCAGUAAAAUAAUUUAGCAACUUUAUGCAAAGCAUUUUCCUUGUAACUGGGUCUGUGACUUUGAUCAUUGCCAUGGGACAGUAAAUGAGUCAUGGGUUGUGUAAGGGGCUUUUUGUGGUUCUAUUAUUAAUGCACUCAGUGAACUGUGAUGUACUGUACGCUCUAAGUACAGCACUCCACACCGAUAAUGCUGACUGUUGCUUCACCCAGUUG